UACUCCUUUUCUAUGAAAUAUGUUGGAAAAUAUAUGGAUGUGAAAAAGCAUGCACUUCACAAGCCACACAUUGCUUAAUCAGUAAUCAGCAAAAUGAAGUUAACGGAAGUCAAUCUGACAAAAACAAAAGUGCAUGAGAACGUCUUCUGCAAAGGAUAUGGUUACUCGAUUCUGCCCACAAUCUCAAAAGAAAAGUCAAUAAUGGAAACUUUCACUUUCGGGUAAUUCACGCGAUAUUAAAAACAUGGGCAUUGUUGUAUACCAGUCUAGACCACAGAGAGCUUUCAUUCGCUGUUUGAACCUCAGGACACAAACAGGGACAAACUUCAACUCUCAGGCAAAUUAACAGUCUGUAGAAGAAGGAAGCAACUCCAAACCUGAUGGUGCAGCACAUAAGAUUGACCUGAACCUGAACUGUACUUUGAUUCAGCAGCACAGGAGAUCAGCCGAUGAGAAGAAUGGACACAACAACAUCAAAAACCACAGAAAGACAGGAGGUCAAUAGCGGGGCUUCUGGAUCAUCAGACAUCAGAUCAGAUCAAUACCUACAACAGCAAAACAAUGAAAAAAUAAUGAAUCUGUUUCACAGACUUCAUCUUGAAGGCAGAAUCCGUAAUACAUUUAAAAAUGCAGAUGUUCUUCAGCUAAAUGAAUAUUCUUUACAGUCUCAUGAGUCUUGUGUUGAAAAAGAGCUCAUUCAGACUUUCAUACAGAAACUACUGAUGAUGAACUACAGAGCAAGAAACAUAAAUGUUAAAAUGAGGAAUGAGCAGAAAGAAAUACAACAAAAAGACAGUGAUUCAUUUGAUGAAGGAGGUAACUUUUUUGAUGAUGCUUAUAACACAUCUUUGUCAGAGAGAAGAACAAGUCAGUCUGAGCGAAUUCACCCAAUGGAUGUUCAGAUGGCUGUGUUUCAUUGUGCUGAUGGUUUCCUGAAGCAGCUGAUGGUCACUAAACUGUCCCAGUGUCAGUUCGCUCUGCCUCUGCUUGUUCCUGAUCCAGAAACACAACAGAUUGAGUUUCCUCUCUGGACAUUCAGACAAAUCAACAAGAGCUGGAAGAUCAGAAACACCAACAAUGAAACCAUCAGUCAAACCCAGCCCAUCUACAAGGCACAAACUCCAAUGGUGUUUUUCUUCAGGUUUGGCUCUGUGUCUUCAUCCAAGUCUCAGCUGAUGAACAGUCUGAUCAAUGACAAACACAACACGUUCUUCCACAGGAACUGCCCAGGCAGCAGCAGAUCCAGAGUCCUGAUGGAUGGAGUGGUGGAGAUCGCCUGGUUCUGCCCUUCUGGAUCAGAUGAUGAUAAAUUCACUGACUGUGUGGCCUUCUGUAAUCUACAUGGAGAUGCAGGAGACCACGAGAAACAGUGGAGGAUCCUCACUGAGUUGGCCUCGGUCAAUGUGGUACUUCUGCAGAAACUAGACAGAAAUGUCAGACAUGCAGAAAAGAUCCAAAACCUGUACAGUGAAGAAAAGCCCCUUAUUAGUCUUUUUUCUGAUGAUAAAUCUGCUGUAAAUAAAAUGAGGAAACAUAAAUAUAAGAUCGGUUUAAAAGACAGAAAUCAGUCAGAUGUCUCUGAAGAUCUCAUGAAAGCAUUAAAUGAUUGUCUCUCAGAAUCAUCUCCCACUUUUAGACUUGAAGAUGUGUCCAAACACUCAGACAUCAGAGUAGAUGAGGAAGACGAUGAAGACUGCAGGAGAGGAAGAGCAGCAGCACAGCAGAUGAUCAGUUUACUGAAGGAGAAAAAACUGACAGAAAUCAAAGAAUCAUUUCUGCCUCAUCAGGGGAAACUGUGGCAUCAGUGGAGUCAGAAGAACAAAGAACUACAUCGACCUCAAGGAGAUGAGAUAGAAAUAGUUACAAGUCGGAAAAAAGCAGAAAUGAAGAAAAUCCGUGAAGAGCAGCACAAACUUCAAAUCUGUGAGUUUAUGAAGCUAUUUUUAAAUAAAAUCAUAUCAAAUGCCGAACAGGAAAAGUUAUUUUUCCUUAAAUAUCUAACAAUUCUACUGGAUGAACAUACAUCAGCCGAUCUUUGUACUUUACAUCACAAAUAUGAUAAAACAUGGUCAAACAUCUUAAAACUGAAGGAGAAAAAUGAUAAAUCUGAACAAUUCAAAGCUCAAGGCGUCAAACAACUCAAAGCUGAAGAAACUGAACUUGAGAGAAUAUCUGAGGAUAUUCACGCUGCAACUUUUGGUCUGGAGCACAUCAUGAGGGAGAUCGGUCAGAUCUAUGAAUCAUGUUCAUCUGUGAAGGAGAGUAAAAAACAUCUGCCGUUUCACUUCUCUUCUCUCCCAAAUGUUGCAGCAAAGAUGAUGAUCUCUGGGUUUCCACUGGAGCUGAUGGAUGGAGAUGCUGCUCAUGUUCCAGUAGUCUGGAUCUCCGCUGUUCUUGAUCAGCUCAUCCAGAAACUGGGAGACCAGACCAGAGUCUUUGUGCUGUCAGUUUUAGGGCUUCAAAGCUCUGGGAAAUCCACCAUGCUGAACGCCAUGUUUGGCCUCCAGUUUGCCGUCAGUGCUGGCAGAACAACCAGAGGAGCUUUCAUGCAGCUGGUCAAAGUGUCUGAGGAGAUGAAAACACAGAUGAACUGUGACUAUAUUCUGGUUGUUGAUACUGAGGGUCUUCGUGCUCUAGAACUGGCUGGAAGAUCAACAAGACAUCAUGACAAUGAAUUGGCCACAUUUGUUGUUGGUCUUGCUAAUCUUACAUUGAUCAACAUCUUUGGGGAAAACCUAUCUGAGAUGCAGGAUGUUCUUCAGAUUGUUGUUCAGGCCUUCAUGAGGAUGAAGAAGGUGAAACUGGAUCCCAUCUGUAUGUUUGUACAUCAAAAUGUUUCAGACGUCACAGCUGGAGAGAAAAACAUGGAGGGUAGAAGACGAUUGCAGGAGACGCUAGAUGAGAUGACCAAACUUGCUGCUGAAGAGGAAGUCUAUGAUGCAGAACGCUUCAGUGAUGUCAUUAGAUUUGAUGUUCAGAAUGAUGUGAAGUAUUUUGCUCAGCUCUGGGAGGGCAGUCCACCAUUGGCUCCACCAAACCCAAACUACUGUGAGAAUAUCCAGAAGCUGAAAAACACCAUUCUUUCAAAAACCUCUGGCUGUCUUACACUGUCACGGUUCAAAGGACGUGUUGAUGAUCUGUGGAAAGCUCUUCUUAAUGAAAACUUUGUGUUCAGCUUCAAAAACAUUCUUGAGAUUGCAGUGUACAGAAGACUGGAAACCAAGUACAGUGACUGGACCUGGAAACUCAGAAGUGCGAUGUUGAAAAUAGAAGAAAAGUUCCACAACAGAGUUGCCAAUGGAUAUGACGUGGUGGAAGAAUCAGACCUGUUGGCUGAAAUGAAUGAGACAAAGGAAGUAAAAGCAUCUUUGGUGGCAUUUUUUGAGGAGGACAGAGACAAAGAUAUUCUGAGUCAAUGGAGAGCAAGGUUUGAGACCAAAAUUACAGAUCUCCAUGAUGAGCUCAUAAAGAAAACAAAGAGAAGACUGGAAGAAGUGAUUCAACAGAAAAAGAUAAGAGAAAACCUGGAUGCCAAAAAGACAGAGUAUGAAAAUAAGCUUUUCUGUCGGAGUAAAGAGCUUGCUUUACAAUUUAAAAACAAUGAAAGGAAUGAACAACAAAUGUCGAAUGAAUUUGACUCAGUUUGGAGCGGAUGGAUAGAUGAACUGGCCAACACUCCUCUAGUUGAAAACAUUGACCUUUGGAAAGAUGUCACAAUAAUCCUGUCAGAAAACCAUCAAUUGGCUGAUCUGGAAGAGAGAAAACAGGGGAAAUUCUAUAAACAGAUUAACCAUCUGAAUAAUUAUUCAGAUUACAUUAUGCUGAAAAGGAAUGCUGAUCUCUCUGAUCAGGACCAGUCUUCUGAACAGGCAGAUGCAAGGUAUGAACAUAAAGAGGAGGAAGACAUGCCCGUCAAACAAAAGUCUAACUCAAAAAAUGUAGAGGCAAGACAGAAUGAAUCACAGGACAAUGACCUGUUACCCGAAGAUCAUGAUACAAUCAGUUUUAUGAUCGCAGAUGUCAUGAAGCAGACCAAUAAAAUACUUGAGCGAGCACAAAAAGCGAAUCUAGGCUUCCACCACAGCUAUAUUCAGGACAUGACAGCAUGUGUCCAGGAACACAUCAAUCAAUUUCAUAAUCAGAACAAGAAAUGUAAGCUGAAGAAGGAGUUCAGUUUAGAUCUUUGUCUGUUUGUGUGUGAACGAGCACAUGACACAUUUAAUGCACUUCACAAUGAGUUUAAGAAUGCAAAUGAUCCACGAAUUUAUCUUGAGCGGCAGAAACCUCAGUAUUACAGUGUCUUCAAGAACUUCUGCAAAGGAGCAACAACAACAACCAUAUUUGCUAAAAUCAUGUGCAGUGAGCUUGAAUCUUCCAUCUUAAAUGCAGUUUACAACAAAACUGCUAUUGAGUUGGCGGACCUGAUGAGGUCUGAUUUACCAGCAUUCAAUGGCAACAAAUCAAAACUGGAAAAACACAUCCUGAAAACCCUUGCAGAAAGGGAGAUUUUUGAAGAGUAUAUGAAGUACAUCAGUGAUCCCAGAGAUUACUUCAAACAUUUCAUCAUGUGUGAAGUCAAUAAGUUCAUCGAUCAGCAACAGCAAAAGGUGCUCACUGCAUUAAGAAACAAUCUCAUGCUCAAAGUAGAGGCUGUGACCACAGCAUUGUGUAAAUCAAUAGAGGAGGUCAAGGGAAACAGGGGAGAUGCAGACAUGUGGCUGAAAAGAUUCACCGAAACUCUCAGAGAUGAGCUUAAAUUUUCAGGAAACUCAUAUGUAGAUCUCAGUGAAAUUACUGACCUUGAUUUCCUGAAGAACGUUUUGAUGGAAGGUCUGACACCAAAGAUCUCAGAACUAGAAAAGGGGUUUAGCAUUAAUGACAUAAAAAUGGAAAAGUGCAGAAAGAAACCAGACGAGCUUUUGAUUGACCACUUCUGUCAGUGCUGUUGGGUUCAGUGUCCGUUCUGUGGAGUCACCUGCACAAACACCAUAGCAAACCAUCCUGGAGACCACAGUGCUCCUUUACACCGUAAUACUGGAGUAACAGGGAUGAGUUACAGGGAUACAACUAACUUGUCUCUUGACAUCUGCACAUCAGUCGUAGCAAGUGAUCGAUCUUUUUACACAGAUUCCCCGGAUAACAAAGUCCUCUGGAAGGAAUACAGAAAAGCAGGAGGAGUUUUUGAUAAGUGGAGCAUCACUCCUGAUCUCUCUGAACUGCCCUACUGGAAGUGGUUUGUGUGCCGAUUCCAGAAAGAUCUGGAAAAAUACCACAGUAAAACCUUUAAGGGGUGUGGUAAGAUACCAGGUGAAUGGAGAAAGCACACAAAAGCUAGAGCAAUACAGAGUUUAGAAGAAUACACCUAAAGUAAUCCAUGGAACCUAUGGAAAAUAUUUGCCUUUGCCUUAAUGUACCAAGAGUCGAAUGGUUCGAAUCUUUUGAAAAUGCAAGCACAGAAUGUGGAAAUAUUGGGAAGGGGAAUAAUGUUUUUGUACUUUAAUUCAGGUUUCAGUUUUGGGCAGCGCAAUUUUAAACUUGAUUACAUUUUUUACUAAUGCUCAUUAUUAUACGAUAGAUGACUUUAUUGUUUCUUAUUCUGCAUUAAGUUUUCUUUUUUGUGCGAUAUUAAUUUACACGUUUGUCAUUUUUAGAUUUAUGCUAAUUAUUUUUUGAUUCGUGACUGCAAUAUUCAAUUCAAUUCAGCUUUAUUUGUAUAGCGCUUUUACA